GGAGGUUGUCCCCUCCCACGUGGCCGCUGACCCUGCUGCUCCUCGUUUUCGGCUGGUUCCUCUCGAUCCCGCCGGUCUCGCUUCGCUUGUCACGGUGAGACGGCGAUGGUGACUGCGUGUCCGUGGUGGCGCAUAUUGGUGGACGGCAAGUAUGGUGGAUCGCGAUGGAUCGUCUGGGGUCGUGGUUGGUAGGAGGUUGGGAGAAAUCCUUGUCGGCUUGUUCGGCACCGACGCGGUGACGCCCGUGGGCGUCGCCGUGCCUUCCUGAAGGGCGUCGGAUAUCCCCCUUCCUCCCACGGCCCUUCGCGUACCGGGGGAAACCCUAGGCCAUGUCCGGUAGCAGCGUCGUUGUCGUCGCGUUCCUUCUUGAAGGUGUUACUUGGUAUGCGGCGUUUCGUGGUGCUAGGAGCGUGGUGGAACUCUCCGGCGGGCGCAGCGAUGGUGAGUCAUCUUCGUUUUUGUUGAUCCGCCGUUGUCGGCAUUUUUUUUUCCUUUUGUGUUUUCUCUUUUUUUUCUUUUGGGCGUGCCUGUGCUGCUUCCGCCCCAGCACCUAUCGUGGGUUGUAUCGAUGUUGUUGCUUUGUAAUACAAAGCGGGGGGAAACCCUUUCUCGGCAAAAGAGAAAAAACUGAUCUGUAGUUCUGUACCGUACUGCUUUACAGGCCGCGCUGCCCAUCGGAGACGCGCAUGGAGAUCGACGCGCAUCCUUCUUCCUCAGCCUCGGCUGCUGCUGCGUCCUCGUCCUCGUCGCCUACGGAGAGCGCUGUCAUGCAAAUCAGGGCGAAGAGAACCUGCUAUGCCGCUGCCUCAUCUGAGGCACGAGGAUGGGCCGAGCUCCCGGACGACUUGCUCCGACCCAUCGUUGCUCUCCUCAGCUCGUCGUUCCGCGACCUCCUCGCCUUUGGUUCCACCUGUCAUCCCUGGCGUGAUUUCUCAGCGCACACGUCCUCUUUGUACCCUCUCCUCCUCCACCCGAGUACCGACCGCCAACAGUAUCCCUGGUAUGACUAUGACUACUGGACCCUUUUCCACGAAUGCACGUGGAGAUUGGCUGAUCCUGCUGCCGCCUCAUCCUAUCCCAGUUUGCUUUCCUUGAGUGAUCUCAGGGGAAUGUUCUUUCUGCGCUGCUCCUACGGUCACCUCAUCUUCUUCGACAAUAAGGGGUUCUACAUUGUUAAUGCGUUCAGUGGCGCUAAGGUUGUGCCUCCUUGCCUCAAGUCAGACAACUUCAUUCACAUUAGCUAUGCCACCUUGACUGCCCCUGUUGCAUCCGCUGACUCGCAUCUCCUUGUCGGCAGCGGAGGCUAUCUGUUUCAGUGGCGCGUCGGGAGCGACUCUUGGUUGGAACACUAUCCUAAAGUUCCUUUUCUUACGAUUGAACAAAUUGUGGCCUUCAAAGGCAAAACAUACACCCUAGGGUCUUUUGGGUCCUUCUGCAUCGUACAAUUUUCGCCCUGUCUCUUAGUUCAGAAGUUUGAAAUUAUGUUUGAGGAAGAUAGAACUGAAGAUCGCUAUUGGACAAAUCAAAAAACAUGGCUUGUGGUGUGCGACGUGCUUCUCUUAAUCAAACUUGAGGCAGUAAAAAGGAUAAGCUCUGAGGCUUUCCAGUUCAAGGCCUUCAAGCUCAAGUCGUUGGACGCCAAGAACAAGAAAGCAAGGUGGGCGAAGGUGGACAGGUUGAAUAACUGGGCCAUCUUUGUCAGCGCCGACGGGCGAUGCGAGGCGUUGUCGUUCAUGAACCCGGAGAGAUGGGGAGGGAGGAGCAACCACAUAUACUUCCCAAGUUAUGAGUCUGAACGACCUUGGGCUGCAGUGCAACUAUGGCAAAAAGCUAACAACCAUUCGACAAGUUCGUGGCUCUCGAAAACUGGAAGCCAGUACCACAGAUUGGUGCCAACCUGGGUCCUCCCUAGCGCAUAUCCUCGCUCUGGUCAGCAAUGAUCUUACGGCCAUCGCAGGCGUGGUUGGUGAUUGUCCUCUGAUACAGCUUCCCUGGGAGAGUUCUACCUUGUUUGGAGCAGUUACAUGAUGAGUAGUUUUACUGAAUGUUCUUAACUUUUUUUCUAAACUUGCAUUGCAAACAGAAGCUUUCACUGUAGAGUUAUCUGAUUCUGCUUUUUUUUGUGGGAUUAUAAGGGACCUUAUGUUUUA